UGGCAGAAGCUAUUAAGAAGACAUUCCGUGACAGCAGCAGAUCCCGACACAGCUACAUCACAGAAUGAGGAUGAAAUACACAAUCUCCCUUGUCUUCAUUGUGGCACUGGUCAUCAUUGAGAAGGAAAACAACAUUAUCUCACGGGUUUCAGACAAGCUCACCCCAAAGCAGACCCCCCAGACACCCCUCCAGCCCAGUAACUCUGCCCCAGCCUCAGCCCUGGGUCUCCUGAAGUUGAACGACUCCUCCUUCACUACCCUGAGCAAGCUGGACCCUGUCUUCACCCUCAUGAAGAGACGCCUGGAGAACUACACCGAGCAGAGGUCUGUGUACGUCAUGGGGUCAGCAGGAAACAGAAAACACAUCCUCCUAUUGGCCACCACGCGGACAGGCUCCUCCUUCGUGGGCGAGUUCUUCAACCAGCAGGGAGAGAACAUGUUCUACCUGUUCGAGCCGCUGUGGCACGUCGAGAGGUCGCUGACGUUAGAGGGCGGCGGGACCAACGCCACAGCCGCCGCCCGGGCCUACCGGGAAGUCCUCCAGGGGCUCUUCCUGUGUGACUUCACCCCUCUGGAGAGCUUUAUUGACCCACUUCCUGUCGACCACGUCACCUCAGCCCUGUUCAGGAGAGAAUCUAGCAGCUCUCUCUGUGAGGAGUCCGUCUGUAGCCCGUUCGUUAAGAAAGUCUUUGAACGCUACCAUUGCCGGACCAGGAAGUGUGGUCCCCUCAACCUGACCAUGGCGUCCGAGUCAUGCCAGCAGAAGGAGCACAGGGCCAUUAAAUCCGUCCGGGUGCGUCAGCUGGAGACCCUGAGACCCCUCGCUGAGGACCCUCGUCUGGAUAUCAAGUUCAUCCAGCUGGUGAGGGACCCCCGGGCGGUUCUGGCCUCCCGCAUGGUGGCCUUCUCCGCCAAGUACAACAACUGGAAGAAGUGGGCCGUGGACGGAGACGUGCCCGUUGACGACGACGAGGUGAGGAAGCUGAAAGGGAACUGCGACAACAUCAGGAUGUCUGCGGAGGUUGGCCUGAGACAGCCGUCGUGGCUGAGGCGGAGGUACAUGCUAGUACGUUACGAGGACAUCGCCAGAUUCCCUAUGAGGAAGGCAGCGGAGAUGUACAAGUUCACGGGGAUCCCGUUCACUCCGCAGGUGAAGGACUGGGUACUAAAGAACACCCAGGCUUCCAAUGAGGCGAGUGGGGUUUAUUCAACACAGAAGAACUCCUCCGAGCAAGUAGAGAAAUGGAGGUUCAGCAUACCGUACAAACUGGCCCAGGUGGUGCAGAGAGUUUGUGGACCCACAAUGAAACUGUUUGGGUACAGGUUUGUGAACAGUGAGGCGAUGCUGACGGACAAGUCUAUCAGUUUGAUCGAAGAAAAGAUUUUCAUACAAAAUUUUUAAUAGACAUUUUACGGUAACUCUGAACUCUGCUCAUCAGACAAAGUGGACAAACAGAUGUGAUUAUGAAGUGAUAGUUGUGAGGAUAUUUAUUGGGGACUGUACUAGUA